AUCCACGAAACCAAUAUUCAUGUGUUUGACUGAGAAAUAAAAAUAAGAACAUGAAUCCCCCCUAUCUGACAAACAAACAACGGUUUCCCUAUCACUCCCACCUCUUCUCACGACGGCUAUUGCUUUCUCUCAAGUAAGUUAAGUUCUUUCUAUUAUUAGUCUAUCACAUAUCCAAUAAUGUGACUCUUUCUUUCACCUGAAACCAAUGGAUUUGGUUACACCCACCGAACACUUUCCUUCAUUUCACUCCUCUCACAAACACACUCUUACAUCACCUCAUUUCAGAGGCUAUCUAUUACUUCAUAAUGUUACAAUUUUGAAACACACUAGCUCUACAAAACCUUUAAGAACUGUUGUUUCGAUUUUUGAAACUUCAAGUUUUAACCGUAAGUCACAGCAACGGUUUCAGAGAAUCCCUACCAAUAAUUCCAAUGGCAUACAAUCUUCCUCAAUUGAUUCCCAAAAUUUAGAGGAGAUAGAUAACAAUAGUUAUCUUGUCAAAUUGGUUAGAAUUGGGAAGUUAGAGCAAGGUUUUAGGUUUCUUGAACGCAUGAGUUACCAAGGAGACAUGCCCGAUGUCAUUGCCUGCACAAAUCUCAUUCGCCAGUUUUGUAAGACAGGAAAAACUAAGAAGGCCACACGUGUUUUACAAAUUCUAGAAGAUUCUGGUGCCGUUCCCGAUGUCAUAACCUACAAUGUAUUGAUAAGUGGUUAUUGUAAAUCAGGGGAGGUAGAGGAAGCUUUGCAGGUUCUUGAACGAAUGAGUGUUUCGCCUGAUGUGGUUACUUAUAAUACGAUUUUGCGUAGUUUGUGUGAUAGUGGUAAAUUGAAGCAAGCUAUGGAAGUUCUUGAUAGGCAGUUAGAGAGGGUGUGUUAUCCUGAUGUCAUUACAUACACUAUAUUGAUAGAGGCAAUUUGUAAAGAGAGUGGAGUUGGUGAGGCGAUGAAAUUGUUCGAUGCGAUGAGGAUCAAAGGAUGUAAACCUGAUGUAUUUACUUUCAAUGUUCUUAUCAAUGGUUUUUGCAAGGAAGGUAGGUUGGAUAAAGCAAUUAAGUUUUUGAAUGACAUGUCGUCUUAUGGUUGUGAACCAAAUGUGAUUACUCAUAAUAUCAUUUUGCGUAGUUUGUGUGGUACUGGAAGAUGGAGGGAUGCUGAGAGUUUAUUGUCUGACAUGCUUCGUAAGGGUUGUUCUCCUAGUGUUGUUACUUUCAAUAUCUUAAUUAACUUCUUGUGUCGAAAAGGUUUGCUUGGCAGGGCCAUUGAUAUCUUAGAGAAGAUGAAAAACCAUGGUUGUACACCCAAUUCCUUGAGUUACAAUCCAUUGCUUCAUGGAUUUUGUCAAGAAAAAAAGAUGGAUAGAGCAAUUGAGUAUUUGGAAGUAAUGGUGUCUAGGGGUUGUUAUCCAGAUAUUGUGACCUAUAAUACUUUGCUCACUGCUUUAUGCAAAGAUGGGAAGGUUGACGUUGCUCUUGAGUUACUGAAUCAACUUAGUAGCAAAGGGUGUUCUCCUGUUGCAAUUACUUAUAAUACAGUUAUUGGCGGGCUUUCAAAGGUGGGGGCAACAGAGCGUGCCAUGAAACUCUUAGAUGAGAUGUGUCGGAAAGGUCUUAAACCUGAUGUAGUUACAUACUCGUCGCUGAUUGCAGGAUUUAUUCGUGAGGGAAAAGUUGAUGUGGCUAUCAAAAUUUUCCAUGAAUUGGAAAGAUUAGGUAUUAGGGCCAAUGCUGUCACUUACAAUUCAAUCAUGUCAGGACUCUGUAAGGCUCGACGAACAAGUCACGCUAUUGAUCUUCUUGCUCGUAUGAUAGCAAAAGGAUGCAAGCCUACCGAAGCUACCUACACCAUUCUUAUUGAAGGCAUUGCUUAUGAAGGAUUAGCUGAGGAGGCUCUAGGAUUGUUGAAUGAGUUGUCAUCCAGAGGAUUUGUGAAGAAAAGUUCUGCAGAUAAGGUAGCUGAAUUGAAGUAUAACAUUCCAUCUUGAAAAUUUUGAAGAUGAAAUACUUAAUAUUGAAGAGGCUAAAGUGCUGCUAACCAUAGAGUAAUGCAAGGCUGCAGUAUAAAGUAUUGGAUUGUACCCUGUCAAAAAGAAGGUAUUGGAUUGUUCCCAUAACGAGAAGAAUCAAAUCAAGCAUUUUUUUAAAGGAUUGAAAGGACCCAGGCCAAGCUAUAAUUAAUAUGAGACCUGGUCUAGUUUUUCUUUUAGUAUUGUUUUGCAGGUAGGUUUUAUCUAGUCAAGGAUUUUUGCUUGAUUUCUUUAAUUUAUAUGCUCCUUACAUUAUAAGAUACUUAAUCUGUUUGUAUGUACUCAUUAUUUCUUGGCAAAUUAUAUUAUGCAGUCUUUUAAGUUACACAAAAAUUUCAGAAUAA